CAGAGCCGCCGCCAUGUCUCCCCCCGUGCCCGCGCUGACCCCGGAGCAGAAGCAGGAGCUGGCGUCCAUCGCCCAGCGCAUCGUGGCACCGGGCAAGGGCAUCCUGGCCGCCGAUGAGAGCACUGGCAGCAUCGCCAAGCGGCUGAGCUCGGUGGGGGCGGAGAACACGGAGGAGAACCGGCGCUGGUACCGGCAGCUGCUGUUCACGGCCGAUAAACGCGUGGAGCCGUGCAUCGGCGGCGUCAUCCUGUUCCACGAGACCAUGUACCAGAAAGCUGACGAUGGGCGCCCCUUCCCACAGGUCAUCAGGGACAAGGGAGCCCUGGUGGGCAUCAAGGUGGGCAUUUGGGGACAUUGGGGACAUUGGGGACAUGACCCUCGUGUUGACCCGGUGGUGGUGGCCGUGGUGGUAGCCCUGCGGUGA